UCGAUUGGACCGGCAAACCAAUUGGUUGUAAUUAAUUUUUUGAAAACAAAUUUAAUUCGAAAGAGUGUCAAUUUGUAGUAGCCAUGCUUGGCAAGUUUGUGAUAUUGUUAUUAUUGUUUACGGGGUCGUUUGGAAAUUUUCAAGACGAUAUUUUCGAAAAAGUCCGUACCCAUUGCAUAUUUUCAAAAUACAUACGUGGUUUGUUUAUGUUAAACGAAAAAUAUUUCUCUUUGAUGUUUCUUCAAAAUGGUAAAGAAACGUACACAUCAAAAGAUCUGAUGGCUUACGGCGAUAACUUACAGUCUCACGGUGAUGUCAUAAUGGCUAUGCUGGACAAGCUGCGAAGCGAACAACCCGACAUUUUCCACGUUGACCUAAUGACGGCAAAUUUGUAUAUCAAUAACACCUAUGGACAUCUUUAUCUACAUUCGUCGACCACGGCAGCAGAUAUUCUGGACGUGUUCAUGGACGUUAACGCUGCGAUGAGAAUAAAAUACUUGGAAUAUUACGGUAUGGUACGUCACUAUCUUUUGGAGUUUCUUAACGGUAAUUGUCGAAAAACCUGGAUAACCAUGAGCAAAGCAUCCGAAUCCCUCGAGACAGUAAAAUCUUUAACUGUUGGUAAAAAAUGCGUUGACAACGUAAAAGACCCUCAAGAGCUAUUGAGUAAAAUAGACCAAUUGAAAACGGCUGCGAGCAAUGUGAUACUGAGUGACACGUUUAAAAAAAAAGACUACACGGAUUUCAAACCGGCCAACAUGAUACUCAGUUCGUUGUUGUCGGGAUACGAAACACAGUCUUGGAUAGGUAAGGAAAAAAUGAAAUUGUCAACGGUCACAGCGACGAAUAUAAAAAAGGACGAUGGUCUGAACCUAAUGAGGUUGGUCAAAAUAAACAAACAGUAUGCCAACAAAGACGGAUACAAUAUUAUGGAUCUGUACAUUUGCGCGGAAUUUAACUUCAAGGCUGAUUUGGUCAAAUCGUUUCAACAACAAGUACUGGCCGCCACAAUUCAUCCAGUUUUUUCGUGUGCUAGCAGAUACUUCACCACAAUAGAGUAUGUAUACACUGAAUGCAAAUCAGAUUUGAACUUUGACAGAAUAGAAAAAAUUGGAACAACUUUAAUUGUAGCUUUGAACGAAAUAAAAAAUUUUAAUAUAUUUUCGAUUAAAGUGGACAAGUAUCUUACAUAUUUAGUGAAAAAAACAACAGAAAUUGUUAAUCUUGAAAAAAAAAAUAAUUUCAUUCCUAAGAAUCCCCACUGGAUAAAAGAACUAUUGAAUCUUUGUUCAAACCCUAUGGAAUUGAAUGGACUGGUUUUCGACGCAAAUGCAAAAAUUGUACAAAACAAAGAAGAAUGCGGUGCUGUGAUUAACCAAACAGAAAAACAAAUAGAUGAACUCAAGAUCUACCUUAACGCUUUGUCAAAUAACUUAGAUGUCUAUCAUAUCAUAAAGAGAACUGUUCCCCAUGACAAAAUGUUUGAGGAAAAGCCACUAAACGUUUUGGAGUAUUGCGCUGAUGAUGUUUGGUCUUUUGAUGCAAACGCAGAAGCAAGUACUAACAAACCAGAUCUUAGAGCUGGUAAUACAAAUAAAGAAAAAUCAAUUCAUGAAAACGAGGGCCAAGGAUCAGGCAAUGAAGCUACAAGUGGAAAAGCUAGAAUAAUUGAAGAACACGUCGACAAGACAAAAGAUUAUCCUAAGAAGUUGCAAGAUGAAGGUGUCGAAGAUGACGAUACAAAUUCCGAACCCGAAGGUUUUUCUAAACUAGAAAAAGCAGAUGAUGAAUUUAUAGAAAAAGAAUUUUUUCAAACUUACAACAUGUGAAAUAAUAAUAACCUAAAUUAGCCAAUUAAGAAUACACACGAAAGUGGAAUAGCUGUUUUUUAAGCCCAAAAAAUUCAAAGGUCAUUUUCAAUAUUUUGUACUUCAAUCAUUUUUUAAUGUAUUGUAAAUGCAACAAUGAUGAUAUUAUUAUUUUUUCAUUUGAACCUAUAAUGAUUAUUUUAUUGUAAAACCUUUAUUAAAAAAAAAUAUCAUGUUAUUUUAUAAGUAAUCCGACGCAUG